GAGCAGGCUCACGAUGCCAAGCAGGCGGCCGCCUCGCCCGAGGACACGGAGGACCUCUCGCCGCUGCCGGCCCAGGCGGCGCAGCCGGCCCGGCGCAGAGGAGGCAUAUCAGCCGAGCCGGUCUCGGAGGAGGACGCCACCAGCUACGUCAAGAAGGUGGUGCCCAAGGACUACAAGACCAUGGCCGCCCUGAGCAAGGCCAUCGCCAAGAACGUGCUCUUCUCGCACUUGGACGAGAACGAGCGCUCCGACAUUUUCGACGCCAUGUUCCCCGUCAACUUCCUGCCGGGCGAGGGCAUCAUCCAGCAGCACGACGAGGGUGACAACUUCUACGUCAUCGACCAGGGGGAGGUCGAGGUGUACGUCAACAACGAGAUGGUGACAACGAUCGGCGAGGGUGGCAGCUUCGGUGAGCUGGCGCUCAUCUACGGCACGCCCCGCGCCGCCACCGUCCGCGCCAAGACGGACACCAAGUUGUGGGGCAUCGACCGGGACUCGUACCGCCGCAUCCUCAUGGGCUCCACCAUCCGGAAGCGCAAGAUGUACGAAGAGUUCCUGUCCCGGGUCUCCAUCCUCGAGAGCCUGGACAAGUGGGAGCGCCUGACGGUGGCGGACGCGCUAGAGCCCGUCUCGUUCUCCGACAAGGAGACCAUCGUCCGGCAGGGCGAGCCCGGCGACGACUUCUACAUCAUCGUGGAGGGCACGGCCAUGGUGCUACAGUACCGCGCCGAGGGCGAGGACCCCGUCGAGGUGGGCCGCCUCGGCCAGUCAGACUACUUCGGUGAAAUCGCGCUGCUGCUGGACCGGCCGCGCGCCGCCACCGUCACUGCCAAGGGACCUUUAAAAUGCGUUAAACUCGACCGCGCCAGGUUCGAGCGCGUUUUGGGACCGUGCGCCGAUAUUUUGAAGAGGAAUAUCACCCAGUACAACAGUUUUGUGUCAUUGUCUGUGUAGUGUGUUAUCGACAAAUGCAUGAGACGGUCUGUACUUUAAAAAAGACACAAUUAAUCCAUGUCUCCCCCACCCCCUUCCCCCCCUCUGAGAUACCUGAUAAGUGGCCCUCUUGAUGUCGGUGAAAGCUGUAAAAGAACCAAAAUUAUCAUUGGUCAGCUGCUUUUAAGAUUGAGACUUUGUCAAAGAUGCCCACAUAGUGCCACACACUGAAGGACUAUCCUAAUGACUGACAGUCAUUCACUGUUAAACAAUUUUAAUCUCUUUUAAUGUGACACUUGGUAAAACAUGGCUGUUUGUUUUACUAUGCUGAAAUUUGUAACAGCGUAUUAACCAUCAAUAUUUUGAGAUUUGCUGUAUUAUUUUUUUUGAAAUGUCUUUCCUAAGGAAACAAGCAGAGAGACAUUUUGGACUAAAGAUCACUAGGCACUUGUUUCUGAUGAAAGAAAUGACUCAUGGUUGUCAGUAGCAAUAUAAGUGUGACCAAACAGAAACAUUGGCAACCAGCCCUUCUAUCGUAGCCACCUAUUUGGCAAAUUCAAGACUGCUUGUAACAUGUAAACAGUCAUUGCUUCCUAAAGAACACUGGCGAUGUGCUUUAGUGACUAACUGUUAUAGUCUAAACUAGAGAUUGUGUUAUGAUUGCAUUCAGUAGUUAUCAUUGUGUUUGAAUUGAUUAUUGAGAUGCUGUUGACUGAGCGCAUAAAUUGAUCUGAUCUUCGAGUGUGUGUUUUCAAGGUUUUAAAUUAGUUAUGUUUAGAAGCCGGCCAAUGUAUAUGUUUUAGCAAGCUAUUUCUUUGUUAUUAUCUUUUGAAUCCUGACUGAAAUAAGCCAAUAUAUGUAUGAGCCACAAUUCAAAAUAUGUGUUUUUGUAGAUUUCUAGCCAUACCUCUAUUCCAUACUCUUCCAUGAUACAUGUAAUUUUGGAGAAUCAUGAGUGUGAAGGAGAAUGUUGCUUAACUGCAAGCCAUAUUUCAUCAUGUCUACAGUGCAUGUGUUAUUGUUAUGGUUGUAUUAAUGUUUGAAUAAAGGUCGAACAAAAAUA